CGGGCGGGCCGGGCGGGGGACGGGAGGCCCGGCCGGGGCCUCUGCGGCAGCCGCUGCCUCCCCCCUGCCGGCGAACCGCUCGGGAGGGGCGCUGGCAACUUGACAUUCAUGUGGGGUUUAACUGUAAUCGCUGCCAGCGGUGCUGCUCUGCCUCCUCGGCGGCGGCGCUCGCGAGGGUUGGAGGGUCCCGUUCGACAGAAGUUGGUCAGAGUUUGGAAGGUGUGAGGGAAGCAGCGCAGGAAUCCCGUGCUGGCACUGCCCGCGGGAUGCGCACUGGGAUUCCUGACCUGAAGCUGUCGAGAGAAUCUUCUGACUUGACUUGGAUGAAGGCAGGGGGAAGAAAACCUGUGGGUUUUGCCAAGCUGCAUCAGAGUUGCCUGUCUGCCUGUGACACACUCGUCUUCAGAGCAGCCAACAAACAAAUUAUAAAUUGCAAGCCUGCAAAGCGUCUUCUCUAGAAAGAAAGAUAACCCUCAUUUUGGAUGAGUUUUCUCACACUCUAAGAGACUGAUUUUUGUGGGGAAAAAAAAAGUUGCCAUUUUUUACUUUCAUAAGGGCAGAAAGGACUCACAGAGCAAGUAUUUUUGAACUAAAGCUUAUACAGCUUGACAGCCCUUGGGCUUCUAUAUUAAACAUUCCCAGGAAAACUGCAUUUUCAAUUUUUUAACUUCAGUGAGCUAAUAUAGUGAGACAAUUUCUUGUCAUGGCACUUUUUUCUCAAACUAGUCAACAGGGUUUUCAGGCUUUGCUGUGGAAAUGUCGUAUGUUCUGGCCUGUUUCAAGAUGCCAACAACUGUUUCCUGUCUCUUUCAGCAUCCCCAGCAGGGAAAAGGUUAACUAUAACUAUUUCAGUUUUAUGACAUCUUCUAGCACUGCUUUACCAGCGAAUCCCGAAGGAACCGAUGUCAUUCCUACCAAUAAAAUGUCUGAAGCUGAUUAUGAAGAAGAAAAAGGAUGGGAUGAGGAGACUAAAGAAACGUCUGAAGGGAAACUCCACUUUUCUUCCUCUGUUGGAGCUCCAAAGAAACAGUUAAUGAGUCAAGUUCUGUCAAGGCAUAAGUUUACAUACGUGCAGCCUCCAGAAAAACCCUUGCAGGUUGAGGAAUGGAACAGACUGAAGGAAACCUUUCGGUCACCUGAAAUAUUUCAUGAAGUCAUGUUUAACAGUAUGAUCAGGCACAACAGCCCCAUUGAUGUGGCCAAGUCCUUGCUGACCCACGUGGCACAGAGUAACGGUGACAUUGCCUAUCAUUUGUUGGUCAAGUAUCUGGCGUUGUGUGUCCAGCAGGGGCAGACUUCAGAAAUUCGUGAUGUGUAUGAUAUAAUGAAAAUCAGAUUUAAGAUUUUAGAAAGUGGGGCUUACAACCUUUUUAUCAGGGGGCUGAGCAAUUCAGAUCAAUGGAGAAUGGCCUUGACUCUUUUGGAAGAAGUUAAAAAGAAUAUGGUUCCCUCACGGACAAACUAUGAAUCCUGCAUCAAAGCAGCUGGCCGUCACCAGGAAAUGACCCUAGCAUUUGAACUUUACCAUGAAAUGUUGACUAAGGAUUUGGUGCCAACCUUGGACAUCCUGCAGGCCUUUUUUGACUUCAGCAGGGGGAUGAAAGGUGCUGAGUUACAAAAAGAGCUGUUUGGUAUCCUCUUAUAUUUGAGAGAGAACCAGAUAUACCCUCACAAAACAUUUAUGCGGAGUAUAAAGCUGUGGUUUGAAAGUAUACCAGGAGGAAACUGGAGGGGACACUUGACCAACAUCAAAGACAGCGGCAAGUGCCCAGUUUGCAGCCAUCAGUUGGAGGAUAGUGACCUCACUGAAGAGGAGUAUAAUGAUCUCAGAGAAAAAAUAAUAAAGGAUGUGAUACAUGGAACUGACACUUUUAGAAAGACAAGCCCACAGGAAUUUGAAGCCUUUCAAACAUUUGUGGAAAAUCGACUUCCGUUUGAUAUUGUUAUUGAUGGACUCAAUGUUUCCCAUAUAAAACCCAGAAAGAUGCAGUGUGAAAAUCUAUUCAAUGCUGUCAACAUCCUGGCAAAAGGGAAUGCCCGACUGCUUGUGCUGGGCCGCAAACACAUGCUGACUAACUCUUCAAAUUGGAAAAGAGGGAUUAUGAAGGAGAUGCAGAAUAAGGCAGACUUCUUCUUUGCUGAAAAUAUCUCUGAAGAUGAUACCUUCUUGUUAUAUGCCACUCUUCAGUCAGGCAAGCAUUGCAAGUUUGUUACUAGAGACUUCCUCCGGGAUCACAAGGCUUGUCUUACCGACAGCCUGACGCGUCAUCUGUUUCGUAAGUGGCAGCGUGGACACCAGAUAGUGUUUUCCCCUUCUGCAGAAGGAAAGCAUAUCACAUUCUUGCCUGCUUUCCGUUAUGACUGUGUGGUACAGACUACAGGUGAUACAUGGCAUAUCCCCUAUAAAGACAUUUUUGAGGAAAAAUAUUCAUAUAAAGUACCAAAAAAAUGGCUCUGCAUUCAACAGAAGUGAAGAAUGUAAUUGCACAAGCUGAAACUGUUUGUUUUGUUUUUUAAAUCAUUGUUGCUGACUAGAACUCAGCAGUACAAUUAUGGGAUUAAUGUGUGAGACCUGUAACUAAAUAAAAUUCAGUAACUGCA